GCCCAGCAUAGGAAUAGCAGCCAGAAAGAGAGCUGUGGGAGAGAGAGAGGCUGCAGAGAGGCCCCUCAUGGCUAGGGAGGCAGAGGCAGAAGCCCAUCACCCUCUCUGUGUCCCAUUGCAAGGAGAUUGGGGGGCAACUGGCCACACAGCACCACACUACUGCAAUUACAAAGGGAUCCCAGCCACAGAAAGGACUGCAUCCUGUCCCCAGCACCCCAAAAAGGAGGAGGGAGCACCUACAGAUUUCAUCCUUUGUGCUUUUCUGCAUUGAAUUGUAUUAUUAUUAUUUAUUUCCACACCAGGAAUGUUGGAUCAUUUUCCCCAGGAAAGAUGAAGUGCCCCAAUCAUGGAUGGGAUAUAUCAUGCUGUCUUUUGGGAUUUACAAUACUGAGUGAGUUGAUCUUAAAUAAUUACAGACGGAAGGAGGAGGGGAGAUGAUCAGCUGUGGGCUUCACAUGGUCCCCAGAUAUUCCUAAUCUUAUAUAUAAGGGGUGGAUAAAAAUAUAUUUAGCUAAACCAAAAGCUUGACAGGAUUUUAAGAGCAGGGGGAUAUGCCAGUUUGUAGAGGGAUAAUAUACCCUAAAGAUUCCUGAAGUAAGAUUGUAGGAGCCCAGGAUUUUUCCCCAUUCCUAAAUAUAUAUUUAUUUGCAUUACCUUAGUAUGGACAGCGUGCAGCAAGCGGCACACGCUUUGUUUUAUAAUACUAGAGAGGCUGCUUUGCAUGGAUGUACUAGUGUGUGCUGCCUCAGGCAGACUGGAAGCUGUCAAAACCCUUCUAUUUGACUACAUCUGAAGGUUAGGCUGUAGGAGGGGGUGUUGGAAAAGAGGGGGAGGGUGGGGGGUUAGGAAAAAUAAAAGUCCCAGGCAAACUCCAUAUUGUCAAUAUGGCUUCCCCUGUGAACCAGCAGCUGCUACAUCAUACUGAGGUGAGGUGUGAUGGAAGUGGGGACUGCAGUAGCGUGACUGUUAGAAUUAACAAGCAACAUCACCAAGGGCCGUCUAGACGGGUUAAAUACAGUAUAUCAUCCAGCUGCAGCUCAGGGGAGUCUGGGGUUAAGAAAACUGGAGGAUCUGGUGGGGUUCGUAAGCAGAAGAAGAUCCCUCAGCUUUUUGAGAGAUCAACCUCCAAUUGGUGGAACCCAAAGUUUGAUUCUAAUAAUCUAGAGGAGGCCUGUGUAGAGAGGUGCUUCCCCCAGACCCAACGUAGGUUCCGUUACGCUCUAGUGUAUCUUUCUGUGUCUGGACUGCUUUGGAGUAUCUAUUUUGGGGUACAUAUGAAAUCCAAGCUUGUGGACUACCUGGCCCCCACUCUGUGCUUCCUCAUAGUGUGCCUAGGCUUCUUUUUUUUCACCUUCACCAAGUCCUACGCCCGGCAUUGUACCGCUGUCUCUCUGCUUGUUACGCUGCUUGUCUUUGCAAUAACUUUGGCCUCCCAAUUCCAAGUGCUAACGCCAGGAAUGGGGAGUGAGGAAUUAUUGAACUUCACCUCUCUUCCAACACCUCAGUUUUCCGCUUGUCUCUCCCAGGUGGGCAGUUUCUCCAUAUGUGUGGAAGUUCUUCUCCUCCUAUACACGGUCAUGCACUUGCCCCUGUACCUCAGUGCCUGCUUUGGGGUUGUAUAUUCCAUUCUUUUUGAGACCUUUGGUUACAAUUUUAGGGAUGUGAGAUGCUUUACUCCCAUUGUUGGAAGGUCAGCACACUUGGAGUUGUUAAGCAAAGCAUUGCUGCACGUUUGUAUCCAUGCCAUAGGCGUUCAUCUUUUUAUUAUGUCAGAGGUUCGAUCUCGUAGCACCUUCCUAAAGGUUGGCCAGUCCAUUAUGCAUGGCAAAGACCUCGAAGUGGAGAAAGCUCUCAAAGAGCGAAUGAUCCACUCUGUCAUGCCAAGGAUUAUCGCUGAUGACCUAAUGAAGCAGGGUGAUGACGAAAGUGAGAACUCAGUUAGACGCCAUGCAGCCUCAAGCCCUAAGAGCCGCAAGAAGAAAUCCUCCAUCCAAAAGACUCCCAUUGUUUUCAGGCCUUUUAAAAUGCAGAGAAUUGAGCAAGUGAGCAUCCUCUUUGCUGACAUUGUGGGUUUUACCAAGAUGAGUGCCAACAAAUCUGCCCAUGCCUUGGUGGGCCUACUUAAUGAUUUGUUUGGCCGAUUUGACCGGCUUUGCGAGGAGACAUGUUGUGAGAAAAUUAGUACUCUGGGUGAUUGCUACUACUGUGUAGCAGGAUGUCCUGAGCCCAGGGCUGACCAUGCCUACUGUUGCAUUGAAAUGGGUCUUGGCAUGAUAGAGGCCAUUGAGCAGUUCUGCCAAGAAAAAAAGGAGAUGGUCAACAUGCGUGUUGGUGUUCAUACUGGUACUGUUCUAUGUGGAAUCCUUGGCAUGAGGAGGUUCAAAUUCGAUGUGUGGUCAAAUGAUGUCAAUUUAGCCAACCUAAUGGAGCAGCUAGGGGUUGCUGGGAAAGUCCACAUUUCUGAGAAAACUGCAAAGUACUUGGAUGAUCGCUACAUAAUGGAGGACAGUCUGGUUGUUGAACGCGUAGGGCAGAUAGUAGCUGCUGACCAGCUGAAAGGGUUAAAGACCUUUCUUAUCUCGGGUCGCAGGCCUCGAGUCCCCAGCUGUAGUUGCUCCCAGACUCUGCUCCCCACGCAGGAUGCCGGGGAACCAAACAGCCCAUCUACCUAUCCACAGGCGGGUCUUGGAUCCGAUGGUGUUAAUGACUCUCUCCUUCACUGUACACAUCCUGAAAGACUCAAGGGAUGUCCAUCCUGCGGAAAUACUGGGGCUCAUGAUGGAGUGGAGGAAGGAACAUCAGCAGCAAAUGGUGGCCAGGAAGAUUGGAAAGCAGGUGCAAGCCGGCCCACAGCCAUAGGACGUCAUUUAAAGACGCAAAACGGGUUGUUAAGCCCCCCACAAGAGGAGACACUGACCAAUAGCCAGGCUUCACUGUAUGAGAUGCUACAGGAGAAAGGACGUUGGUGUGGAGUUAGCAUGGACCAGUCUGCACUCCUCCCUCUUCGAUUCAAGAACAUCCGAGAGAAGACAGAUGCUCAUUUCGUGGAGGUCAUUAAAGAAGACAGCCUUAUGAAGGAUUAUUUCUUCAAGCCACCAAUUAAUCGUCUAAGCCUAAACUUUCUGGAUACAGAGUUGGAGACCUCAUAUCGCGCCAGCUACCAGCAGGAGGUUAUCCGUAUGGCUCCUGUUAAAACGUUUGCCAGUGCCACAUUUAGUUCACUCCUGGAUGUCCUCCUCUGCUUUUUUAUCUUCCUGAUGCUUUCAGUUUCCUGUUACCUGAAUCCAGGCAUUAGGCCUAUGUCCUCCCAGAUGCCUGCCAUUGUGGUGCUGGGCGUGUGCGGUGUGCUGGGACUUCUCUCCCUGCUGGUUUCAGUCAGAAUGGCGUUUUACCUAGAGGACAUGAUGCUGUACACGAGGCGAUUCUUGGAGAUCGUUGCAGGUUGGUUGCCCCGUCACUUCUUUGGCACCGUCCUUGUGUGCCUUCCGGCAGCGGUCGUCUUCUCAUACAUCACCUCGGAAUUCUUUAACAACAUACACUACACCACGUUCCUGUGCUCCGCUCUCCUCAUCCCCAUGGUUCAAUACUGUAACUUCUGUCAGCUGAGCUCCUGGCUGCGCUCCAGCCUUGCGACCAUUGCAGGGGCGGCGCUACUCAUCAUGCUGUACGUGCCGCUCUUCCUGAACAGUCCCCUGAUGACUCCUGAGUUUAACACUUCUACUAAUUACAGCGCCUCUCCUCUUACAGACAACAGCACCGAACUUUUCGCUAAUACCCAGAGACCUUCUUCACGCCUGGCACAGGAACUUGCUGUGGCAUAUUUUCUCCUCCUUCUCCUGGUGUGGUUCCUGAACCGUGAGUUUGAGGUCAGCUAUCGGCUGCAUUACCAUGGGGAUGUGGAGGCCGAUCUUCACCGUACAAAGAUCCAAAGCAUGAGGGACCAGGCGGAUUGGCUGCUUCGUAACAUCAUCCCUUACCAUGUGGCUGAGCAGUUGAAAGUCUCCCAGAGUUACUCUAAGAAUCAUGAUGACGCAGGGGUCAUAUUUGCCAGUAUUGUGAAUUUUAGUGAGUUCUAUGAGGAGAACUAUGAGGGCGGCAAAGAAUGUUACAGAGUCCUCAAUGAGCUCAUUGGAGACUUUGAUGAGUUGCUAAGCAAGCCUCAUUACUCUUGCAUUGAGAAGAUCAAGACUAUUGGAGCCACUUACAUGGCUGCAUCUGGGCUCAAUCCAUCUCAGUGCCAGGAUAGCAGUCAGCCCCAUCGCCACCUGCAGACACUGUUUGAGUUUGCAAAGGAGAUGAUGAGUGUGGUGGACGACUUCAACAACAAUAUGCUAUGGUUUAACUUUAAGCUCCGCAUUGGCUUCAACCACGGGCCUCUUACUGCUGGUGUUAUUGGGACCACCAAGUUGCUGUAUGAUAUCUGGGGAGACACAGUAAACAUAGCCAGCAGAAUGGACACAACAGGUGUAGAAUGCCGUAUCCAGGCAAGUGAGGAGAGCUAUAGAGUUCUGGUGAAAAUGGGUUAUGAUUUUGAUUACAGAGGGACAGUUAAUGUUAAAGGGAAGGGGCAAAUGAAAACAUACCUCUAUCCAAAGUGUACGGACAACGGGGGUCUAGUACCCCACCACCAACUAUCCAUCUCUCCUGAUAUUAGGGUGCAGGUAGAUGGAAGCAUCGGACGCUCGCCAACUGAUGAGAUCAGCAGCCUUGUAACGGGAGGGAAAGGGGCAGCUGAAUCAGGGGGUGGAGAUGCGGGGCGCAGGCGAGAUAGGUCAGAGGAGAGGGGCCGGGAUGGUGGAGCACGGUGAGGAAAGUGGAGAAGGACCAUACCUGAUUUUGGGUUACCCAACAAUGGAAGAGACUGUUGACUUUGGAGUUACUUCUCAUUGCACCAAUUCAGUGUCCUCUCUGUUCAGUGGGUUGCUGCAUCAUCCCGCCUUUCAGUCUUAAAAAUGGAUGUCCUGCAUUACUUACACUAUGUAUACAUGGAUGGCUUCUUUUAUUCUUCCUGGUUGUGUGCCGGCAGAUCUGUCAUCUGUAUGCUUUGGGUGAAUUUUACAUCAUUUCUUGGGUGUGCUUGGCGGAGAUGUUGCUAUAUAUUCGACCCACGUGGGAGGAAAUAAAGUUUACCAUGUCUGCUCUGGGUGGAAGGGCAGUAGAUUAAUACUCUGUUCUGUAGUUAAGCCUUGCUUACACCACCUUUUAUAUGACAACUGGAGGAGGCAAGACUGUAGCUCCAUAGCUCCUGCUCCUACUUAUCUGCAAAGGGAUGCGUAGGCAUGGCUGGAAAAAAUAUAUAUAAAUUAAAAAACCUCCCGCUUUAAAACUCCUCCCUACCCGCCUCCUACUGUCAGCCAUACUGAGGAUUGAACUAAGUGCCUUCGGCUGUCUGGGGAUCCCUCACCCAGAUGAGAGGACAAUGACACCUUGCUACAAUUCUCACUCAUACUUGCCAAAAGCAUGCACUUCUCUGGACACUUGCCCAUCUUACAAAACAAGUGGGUGGCUUUUUGUAUUAAUAAUGGGGGUGGGGUGGUGUCUUUGGGAAGACGAUACGAUUGUAAUUUAAAUCCUUCCUUCUUUAGCUACCCCAAAGUCCUAUUCAAUGUGUCCCUUCUCAAGGGCAUGACCAGAAAAUUGUGUUUAAUUUUUUGUUUGUUUGUUUGUUUGUUUUUUACAAUUCUCAAAAAAGUAAUGCCCGACCAGAGCAAUGUAUUACCUUAUCUAUCUGUUAAUAAACAGAUGAGUGAAAUUGGAAUCCCUGUUAAUGGUAUUCAUAGUUAAAGGUAUAGGGUUGGUAUUUGUCUAUACUCUUGGAAAGAGAGGGAGUCUAGUAACAAAGGGGUUAAAAUUGUGGUAGACCUUUUUUACAAUGUCAGUGUAAGAAGAGGAUGGUUCACUCCAGAAGGUGUAUGAGAUAGAGCCUUAAAGGUUAGCGAAAAUAGUAAUUUAACAAAAGAGAAAAUGUAAGUGUUAAUAAUAUGUCUUGUAUACAUACAUAUUUAUACCCCAAGGGAUAUCAAAGACACACAUGGGUUUUGUUUCCUGUUUGGACCUCUAAAAGAUGACUGUACACCACUUUUUUUCCAGUUACACCUCAACUCUCUGCAGGACCCCCCCCCCCGCUGCGCGAUAUAGUCUGUUCUGCAGAGCAUCCUGCAAUGCCAAAAUAAAUAUAUUGAGUACUCA